AUGCAUUCCCAAAGAGGGUUGAUGUCAGGCAGGCGGCCGGUCGUGAAAACAAUUAGCCUAAACUAUUCACAACAUGUAAGGCAGACCCUGGCUAAAGCUGGGAAAUUGCCAGGUAGAAGAAGAAAUAAAACAACACGCAGUUGGAUAGAGUCCACGUUUCAGAAGAGGGAAUGCAAGUGCUUUGUGCCCAGCGCUAAGGACGAACACGUGUGCUGGUGUGGAUUGAGCCGUACAGCUCAUGGCGCCAACAUCCCAGUGGCGCCACCUGGGGAGGCGUGGGUCCCACAACGUCAUACUCAAGCUGGUCCCACUGAUGCUUACGGGACUGUCGAAUUCCAGGGAGGACCACAUCCAACGAAAGCACAGUACGUGCGGCUCUCCCAUGACACUCGACCAGACCUGAUCGUCCAACUUCUUACCCGAGAAUGGGCUCUAGAACGACCAAAACUUCUCAUCACUAUACAAGGAGGGAAGGCAAAUUUUGACCUCCAGCCGAAACUUAAGAAGGUUUUGAGGAAAGGUCUUCUAAAAGCUGCGAAGACUACUGGAGCAUGGAUAUUUACUGGAGGGACCAACACGGGUGUAACUCGCCAGGUGGGGGAUGCAUUACAGCUGGAGAGAUCCCAACGUGCUGGUCGAGUUGUCAGUAUUGGAAUAGCGCCCUGGGGUAUAGUGGAGGGAUCCAACGAGCUCAUCGGCAGAGGAAGAGAUGUUCCUUAUCACGCUAUAGCUUCACCGAGAUCAAAGCUUGCCGUACUUAAUAAUCGUCACGCCUACUUUCUAUUGGUAGACAACGGCUCCGUUGGUCGUUACGGUGCUGAGAUCGUGUUGAGAAGAAAGCUUGAGAAAUAUAUAGCAGCACAAAAGUUGCAUCCUUACACCCAUUCAUCAACACCAGUGGUAUGUCUGGUGAUCGAAGGUGGUACGAACACUGUUCGUGCUGUGUUGGAGUACGUCACUGAUACACCACCAGUUCCCGUUGUUGUGUGUGAUGGAAGCGGCAGAGCAGCAGACCUUAUAGCUUUCGUCUAUAAGUACGCAUCAGAGACAGGAGAGCAAACGAUGUUAGAAUCUAUGAGAGACUUCCUCAUUGACACGAUUCAGAAGACCUUCGAAGUUGGACUUCAACAAGCCGAAUGCCUCUACAGCGAACUGCUUCAAUGCACCAAGAAGAAAAAUUUGAUCACGAUCUUCCGGAUUCAAGAACGCGCUGAAGGUGGGGAAGUACAGGAGUUGGAUCAGGUGAUUCUGACAGCACUAUUCCGAGCCCAGCACCUGUCACCUAGCGAACAGCUGUCACUAGCUUUGACCUGGAACAGAGAUGACAUAGCCAGGUCUGAGAUAUUCGUUUACGGACAGGAGUGGCCUCCAGGUGCUCUAGAUGAAGCGAUGAUGCAAGCUCUCGAACAUGAUAGAAUUGAUUUCGUGAAGCUACUACUUGAGAAUGGUGUUUCUAUGAGGAAAUUUCUAACUAUACCACGUCUUGAAGAACUGUAUAACACUAAGAGUGGGCCGAGCAAUACAUUAAGAUACAUCCUGAGGGAUGUAAGACCUCAUCUACCAAGAGGUUACGUAUACACGCUACAUGAUAUAGGAUUGGUUAUAAAUAAACUGAUGGGAGGUGCCUAUAGAUGCUACUACACUCGUCGCAAGUUCCGUCCGAUUUACGCGAAGGUGAUGAACAAAAGCGUGAAUGUUCACCGAAACAGUGCCUCCUUCACCCGCCACAAUGCUGGAGGGCUGUCUCUCAUCACCGGCUUCAUGCCUGUCACCACCGAAAUGGCACUAUUCGACUACCCAUUCAAUGAAUUAUUGAUGUGGGCGGUGUUGACCAAACGUCAUCAAAUGGCAUUGCUAAUGUGGACUCAUGGGGAAGAGGCUCUUGCUAAAUCAUUAGUGGCCUGUAAGCUAUACAAAGCUAUGGCUCAUGAAGCAGCUGAAGAUGAUAUGGAAACAGAAGUAUAUGAGGAGUUGAGGCAUUAUGGAAAAGAGUUUGAGACCAAAGCUCUCGAGUUGUUAGACUACUGUUAUCGUCAAGACGAUGAUCAAGCACAGCAACUACUGACUUGCGAGCUUCAGAAUUGGUCGGGACAGACUUGUUUGAGUCUCGCCGUCGCUGCAAAUCAUCGCGCGUUGUUAGCCCAUCCCUGUUCACAAAUCAUUCUAGCGGACUUAUGGAUGGGUGGACUGAGAACGAGGAAAAACACCAACCUAAAGGUAAUUCUGAGCCUGCUGUGUCCGCUGUACAUUCUGCAACUGGAGUUCAAGUCCAAGGAGGAACUGCAGCUGAUGCCGCAGACGGAGGAAGAGCAUCUCGAGAACGAGAGCUUAGAAGACGAUAGGAGCACCAGAGAUCCUAAUGAUGCCGAGCAGGCCUUGAUUGGCUCAGGGGCCGAAUGUGAAACUCGCGUUGAUCAGAACGGGAAGGUCGGCAAAAUUGGCUGGGACCCAACAUAUCGUGACCUGCCGGAGUAUCACGUACCCGAAGACAAGAGGAUGAGGCCGCUGAGAUUGAGGAAGAAGAUUUAUGAGUUCUUUACUGCACCUAUAACUAAGUUUUGGGCUGAUUCGAUCGCGUACAUAUUGUUCCUACUGAUGUUCACCUACACUGUAUUAGUGAAGAUGGACCCCACGCCGUCUUCACCCGAAAUAUAUUCAAUAUGUUACAUACUUACAUUUUUAUGUGAAAAAAUUAGAGAAAUCAUUACAUCCGAACCCGUAGCUAUAAGGCAUAAGUUCAGCGUGUGGGCCUGGAAUAUGUGGAAUACUUACGAUGCUGGCUUUAUAAUAUUUUUCCUAGUCGGUCUCACCCUGCGCCUGCGGGCUGUAUCUAUGGAUGUCGGUCGCGUUAUAUAUUGUGUUGAUAUUAUAUAUUGGUAUUUAAGAAUACUUAAUAUAUUGGGCGUCAAUAAGUAUUUAGGUCCUUUAGUCACAAUGAUGGGUAAAAUGGUUAAGAACAUGAUAUAUUUCGUGGUUCUGUUACUUGUCGUGCUAAUGUCCUUCGGAGUAGCGCGACAGGCCAUCUUAUACCCUGACAAAGAAGCCAGCUGGUAUUUAAUAAGAGAGGUAUUCUUUCAACCGUAUUUCAUGCUAUAUGGAGAGGUAUUCGCUGAACAGAUGGCGCCACCUUGUGGUUUGCCAGGACUCGAAGAAUGCAGGGUGGGACAUUGGGUCCCGCCGGUGGUGAUGAGCAUUUACCUGCUCAUAGCCAAUAUCCUUCUAGUCAAUCUCCUUAUAGCGGUCUUUAAUAAUAUCUUCAUUGAAGUCAACGGUGUAUCGCAUCAGAUAUUCUUCCAACCGUACUUCAUGCUAUACGGGGAAGUGUUUGCCCCGGACAUUGACCCACCAUGUGGUUUGGGGAUCGGGGACAAAAAGUGUGUGACCGGGAGAUGGAUCACGCCCAUAGCGAUGACGGUGUACCUCCUCGUGGCCAAUAUACUCCUCAUUAACCUCCUUAUAGCUGUCUUUAAUAAUAUAUUUAAUGAAGUCAAUGAAGUCUCGCAUCAGGUUUGGAUGUUCCAAAGAUUCACUGUUGUGAUGGAGUACGAACAGAAACCGGUUCUACCGCCUCCACUAAUAAUAUUCUGUCACAUUUACGCCACAUGCAAAUGGGUCACCAGAAACGUGUCCCAUAAAAGAUUUCAAUAUGAUAAUGGACUGAAACUUUUCUUAGAAAAGGAAGAUAUGGAAAGAUUGUAUGACUUUGAAGAGGAGUGUGUAGAAGGAUAUUUUAGGGAACAGGAGGUAAAACUAUCGAAUUCUAUCGAAGAAAGAGUGAGGAAUACUACUGACAGAGUCGAAAAUAUAACAACGAAAAUAGAGGACUUAAAUCAAAAAGCAAAUUGUCAAGUACAAUCCGUGAAGAGCGUAGAAUUCAGGUUAAGGAAACUUGAAGAUGUUGCUGAGCAGACUAUGAAUCAUCUAGCUGUGAUCCAUCGGUUCAUGGCCACUCAUCCAUCUCUCGUGAACCGAGGGUCCACUGACACGCUGGGACCUCCACCACCUACCUUCCAAACAGGUGGAGCUAGAUUACGAACAGCCAGCGACAGAUCCGAGGUGCUGUCGGACAGUGACACCGCCGCUCGGUUCAUCGUCCGGCCAGUGCAAGAGGAGGACGAGCUCGCCUCGCAACCCUCCGAAGAGGAGUUACCUCAAUCAGGGCCAGAGGUUCCAGUUGAGAAGGAACCAGAAGCCGAUUCAAUUUCCACGUCAUCAGGUGCCAGCGUUGCUGGUCCAGACGUGACAGUCAUCAGACCAACUGCCCCAGCAACGCCAGCAAGACAAAGGUCAUCCGACAGCAAUAGAACCGAACCUAGUGAUGAGAAGAAAGUGUCAUCGGCUGUUGACGACGCAUUUUUACCGGAAGUUCGUGAAGUACCAACAGAAUUGAGUAGUCUUCGUCCACGUACUACCUCUGCGGGUACGAGAAGAACUGCCAAUACUAGACGGAGACGGUUGUGGAAACAGCGUUCCGAAGGGGGUAACGACUGUGGCAUGGGCGGUCAUUCAACUCAGCAUCUAGCUCCAAGAAGACAACACAGUCAGACGCAUUCAGAGCCAGAUAACUCAGCCGUGGAUGCUGGCUCCUUGCAAAAUUCUGUUACAGGUUGGGAGGCAACUGGUGGAGCGGCUGGCAUUCCAUCAGGUCGCACUCGUGUGGGCGGAGCUCCUAGAUCUCUGCUGCUAGCGAUGCAUGAAUACACCAGCAUAACGGACGAACUCGAAACAGCCUAUGGAUUAUUCUCCCCUCCUCAUACUCCUAGAACGCCUAUAACAAACCGUCUGCUAUCCCCUGGCCGAGCGUCACCAAGACGUCGUCACGCGAGUGAGAUGUCGAACCCUGAGUUCGCUCUCUUCAUGGAGAAGGAGCAUCUGCGAGGGGCGGAGGAAGAUGACUACAUCAUCAUGGAGAACCUCAUCCAAAGACGCCUAGAAAUGGAGUCUCUGCUGGGCAGAUACGAUGAUGAUGAGGGCGAGGGGGCCUCGGGGGGCUCCGGGGGCCCGGCUGUAGGGGGGCCUGACGUCGGGGUCAGUAUUAGUGUGUGUGUGAACAGCGUCCCGGAUCAAACAUCGACUCUACUCACUGUCAGCGACCGACGAUUGACUCAUCAGAGACACUCUCUGCGGAGAUCUUCGGCCAUCGACAGUCGUGAGCUGCCGUCUCCUCUGCAGCCUCUUCUGGGCGAGGAUUGUGGGGAAGUGCUCCUGCCAGUACCAAGACAACCUUCAGGUGAUACGAACGCCUCCAGUGAGUUAUCUCUGUCUCACAUGGUGAGUGAGAGUCUUCCUCCGAGGCCGUCCAUCGUGUUGGACUCCUCACAGCUUCCUCGUCAACGAUCAGCGGAACAGCCCCAACCGCCACAACCCUCGAGGCCGGAGACCAUGUGUUAG